AUGGCGACCCCAUCGUCCAAGCCAAACCCAGGAGCGACUCCGACGCAUCUGACCUCGUCGCCUCGUCCGUCUGGUGCUCAUAUGGCCCGCCCGAUUUCUCACAAAUCGCCGUCAACGAGGACGCCUUCAGCUUCCGGUCAUGGACACAACCAACCCCCCACUUCGAUGCACCAAUAUUCUACCCCUCUCGCUGUGACUACCGGAGCGGAGGACCCCGUUACGUUCAGUUCCCCGUCCGCUCUCCUCGCGCUUGGUGGCUACAGCGGAAUCAGUCCGUCCCCCGCCGGGCACGAUGGGCUUGUCGGCGCAGGCAUGAACGAGAAUGAUAUCCAGGCAUUGGGCAUGCCGGGUCUGAAGCUCGGGGGUGCUCGCGACAGCGAGGAGGAGCGCAGAAGACAUAUCGACGAUGUGGUCCAGCUUCUACGAGCCCGAGUCUCGGGGCGGGGCGUGUGCAGAGAGGGUAUUGAGCGGCUGAGUGAUCUCGAAGGGUUCGAGUCGAUCUGGCAGGAGGACAGUCUCAGCAUUGCGGGGAACUUUGUCGACCUGGAGAUCGACUUCCAUCGGGGGUAUAAUGUGGUGAAGGACGUUAGCUUAAAGUAUGCGACGCCCGAUGCGCAGGAUGGGGAACAGCGCGACGAGGCUACGGCGGUGCUUAAGCGCGACCUGAUCCAGUCGCCGGAGGAAGGAGACCGGGGUGCUUGGAAGUCGUUGCGGGGGUUCCAUGAGAAUCUAGAGUGGCUUGCCAAACAUGAUCGGCUUAGUCAGGAGGUCAAUUGUUUCGAGGCCAUCGAAGGUCUUUACGAGAGCUUGAAGCGCGUGUGGGAGGCGGAGUGGAACCAUCGCAAGUUCGCGGGGGUGUACGACCAUCUUUGCAGUGGCUGGGUUGGCCAGCCGUGUAUGCACAAGGGGAGUCGCAUUGGUCUCAGCUUGGAUUACUGGGUGCAGCAAGCACGGGUUCUGGAUGCGAAGGAGAAGCAGAAGACGUCGUCUGAUGCGAUGGUGGUUGAUGCACCGAAUGGACAACCGUCGGAUGAUGAUUCGAGCAGCUUGGAAGGGAAAUGGAGCAUUGUGGUGGAGUGCGAAGAGGGUUACCCAUCCCUCCGUGUGUCGAAGGACUGGGUUGGAUCCGAAGUGUUAACUGGGGUCAAUAACAAUGACAAUGGGCCGUCGUCGAGUGAGGCGCAUGGGUCUGAAGCUGCAGUUGUCAACUGGGUUGAUCCUCCGGCGACGUUGACCAACAACCAAGGUCACCCGGACGCCAUGGCACUUGACUCGAAUAUGCUGGGUUCUUCUGCUCCUAAUCGUCGCUUCGUUGCUAAGUUGGAGCCGGCCUUGGAUCUACCUAUUUUGGCAGCAUCUGAUAUCUACCGGCACCUUGGAAUGCAACUGCCGCAGGAGUUCAAAAUGGUUACCUACGAUGGACUCCUGGCCCCAGGCUGGUCGCCUUUGUCGGCAGCAGGGGCUAUGGGACUGGGGCCAGAGGAGGCCUCUCAGCUUGAGCGGAGGAGACGCAGAAUGUCGGUGCAAUCGGUUGACAGUACGGGCAAACCGUGUACGAAGCAUCACAGCUACACGUUCCAGCCGUUUGAGUCUGUAGCUGGCCGAACAAUGAGAGAUAUCCCAUUCGCACAUCCCCGGCAACUCGCAGAUAUCCUUCCGAUCCUUCGCCAGUAUGCCUUUCUGGCCAACCUGAUCCGCAGCAUUUUCAGCUCUUCAUACAAGCCCGAUGAGGACAAAUCCGCCACGCCGGCUGAUUCUUCAAAUAUCUCAUUUAGCCCACCCAAAUUUACUGAUGGGAAGACGAAGAAAGAUGUCAUCAUUCUGAGCAAUGCCGACCCGAAUGAGAAGAGACUCGAUGCAUUGUUGGGAGGCUUCGAGAAAUCAGCAACUUCGCCGGGUGCUAAGGGUAAAGGCCCUGUGGGGGUAGGAAACGAGAAUUCGGGCCCCAAUUCUACUGUUGACAACGAUGUCAAGGUAGACGUAACGUUGCGGACGCAACUGGGACAAGCACCAGUGAUCAUGCUACUUUUCGCAGUGGAUCAACCAGACGAAGCGUCGGAAUCCGCCAACGCGGAGGCGGCACUGACGAAGGUGUCCAUUAGUCUGGAAGUUGGACUAAACGGUCGGGUCUCCGUUGUGGACAUGACCGGUCUGCUAGAUGACAACAACACUACCACCACGGACAGCAUGGAAGACACCCCAGAGAAGAAGGCUCUCGAGUUGCAAAGCAAAAUAGCAAAUGUGCUGGAAUUGUCACAGGAUAUUGGGAUCUUGGUGGAAUGGAUUUUACGAUGGGCGCGGCAGCGGAAGGGCCGCUGA